UUUCAGGGGUAAAUUUUAUUGUUUGUAUCUCUCUCUAAAAUAGGUUUUCGGUGGACAACACGCCAAUAAGAGAAUUCAAGAACAUGGAAACGAAGAUGGUGAAAUUCCCAAAAAACCAGGGAAUGAAGCUAUAUUCAAGCAUAUGGAAUGCGGACCAAUGGGCGACAAGAGGCGGGCUUAUCAAGACCGACUGGACACAAGCUCCGUUCACCGCCACCUACACAAACUUCACUGCAAAUGCUUGUACAGUUGGCGGUGGAUCCUCGUGUGCUUCUUCCGCCGACGAAAACAGGCCGUGGAUGUCGGAGAUUCUGGAUCCGACGGCUGAGGAGAAACUGAAAUGGGUGCAGAAGAAUUACAUGAUUUAUAACUACUGCACCGAUGCUAAGCGAUUUCCUCUAGGGUUUCCUCCUGAAUGCAACGCUGCAUAAUUAGUGUUUUUUUUAAUGUACAUUUUCCAAAUAUGGUUCACUACUAAAUAAAUUUGGUU